AUGAAACAUGUGAUCUGCAUUCAAGACGAACCUUCUGGUCACCUUACAGCUGGGGUGCACUCUUGGAAUGAGGAUGUGGUCGGCACACCUGCUAAAGCAGUUCCCAAACCAGAUAUCGACAUUGCUAGCAGUGUACUGUUCCUGCCAUACUCGAGAGUCUGA